CGAUCUCAUAAGAUUUCACAAUAUCCUAAGUGACUAUGUACUAUAAUUUUCCCACUUUAAAGAUGAGCAGACUGAAGCACAAGGAAUUAAGUUUAUAUAGUUACAGGGUAAUUAAGGGUCAGAGCACCAGAAAUCAAACCCAGGAAGCCCGUCUCCACAGCCUGUACUAUAAACGUACGUGCUGCUGGGGCUUUCUUAGAAACUUGUUAGACUUUUACAUGGUAACCUAAAUCAGCAUGGACUGUCUGAUUAGUUCUUUCUCACUGGAGAUGUUCCAUCCGGAAUGCCAGUAGCCAGGACUGUUGUAAAGGAAGGGAGACUGUGUAUUGGCAGCCCCUGGAUGGUAGCACGUAACUGCCCACAGUUACCUGGAAAACUAAUUAGAAGCCCUAAAUUCUAAAGACAGGCCCAGAAGUUUUCAGUAGGUCUUGGGUGGAACUCAAUAUAUUUUUAAAAAGCUUUCUAGGUAAUAGUGAUAUUACCCAGCCUGGUUUGGAAACUGGAUUUGGUGAACUUUCAUUCCUAAUAUUAUCUUCUAGGACAAGAUGAUAAAUGAAGACUUUAGGGGUUGACAGUUUGAAGAAUAUCUUUAGUGGGUACCUAUUAGGUCUUUGGAAAUUGUUAACAUUGUUUUUUGUCUAGAAAAUAAAAUAGAUACUAGUAAACAUAUCACUCUGAAUAAUGGUGAUACUUCAUGGCUAUUCAGUUAAUAUAGAUAUAAUGGUAUCUAUUAUAUCAAAUUUAAACUCUCUUCAUCAAUAAAUAUUUAUUAAGUGUGUACUAUUUACGUAGUAAUCAAAAACAUAGUCUCUGGUUAAAGGACUCAUAGGUCAGAUGAGCAGAUUGGUGACCACUGAAGAGCAGCUCAUGCCAGAGCCAGUGAGUAACAUGCACAGUAUAUGCUUGGGCUCAGGGAGAAGCCUUGGACACCCGGGCAUGUGCAGAAGGAGGCAUGCUUAGAAAGGAGGCUGCAUGGAAGGAGGUACAUUAGGAAGAGGUUCCUGCAGCAGGAAUGCUGCCGGUGCUCUGUGUGAGAUACACUUGCCCAGGACCCCUCUCUUGGAGGCUGUUUAUCUCCUCAGGGCUCCUGCCUCUCAGAGCAAGGACAACGAAGCCACUACCUCUUCUUCCAGUAUCUCCAACACCCAGCCUGUUCCAUCCAGCAUCAGGAAUCAAGUCCAGCAAUCUCUGGCCACCUGAGGGUGGUUAAUGUGACCGACUUGUCACUGCUACAACUUGUAGAUGAGAAAGCAGAAGCCCGGAGAGAUCGCUUCCUGCCAAGGUCAUGCAGCUAGUUAGCAGCAAGGUUGUUCUCCACUCACAUCUUUUUAAUUGUAAGGACUUCAAAUUACACUUGGAUCUACCUACUGCUCUUGUAGAAAACUUCACCAAGCAGUAAAUCACCCCCUGUUCUCUCGUCGUAGUGGAGCAGCUUUUGAGUUUUCCAAGGCUAAGCAAGAUUUUUUUGCCUUAUCCCAUGAAGCCAUAUUGUUGCUUCUGCACUCUAAUGGUCAUUGUUACAGUGCCAGCUGCUUUUGUUUUGGAAGAUGUGGAUUUCACCCAAGUUCCCCCACUGGGAACACAUCAAGGUUCUUCCAAGCUGUCGGCAGCUUCCCACUCAGGCAGUGAUGUCAUCAUAGCCAAGGAGGGAACUAGCGUCUCACUUGAAUGUCUUCUCACAGUUGCUCACUAUGAAGAUGUCCAUUGGAACAACUCUAAAGGGCAGCACCUGGAUGGCAGAGGUGGAAAAUGGUUGGUUUCUGAUAACUUCCUGAAUAUCACCAAUGUAGCCUUUGAUGACCGUGGGCUCUAUACGUGUUUUGUCAUGUCUCCAAUUAACGCCUCCUACUCGGUUACUCUACGCGUUAUUUUCACCUCAGGAGACAUGAGUGUCUACUACAUGAUUGUUUGCCUGAUUGCCUUUACCAUCACUCUCAUCCUGAAUGUUACACGGUUGUGUAUGAUGAGCAGCCAUCUUCGCAAGACAGAGAAGGCUAUCAAUGAGUUCUUCAGAACUGAAGGGGCUGAGAAACUUCAGAAGGCCUUUGAGAUUGCAAAACGCAUCCCCAUCAUCACCUCAGCCAAGACUCUGGAGCUUGCUAAAGUCACUCAAUUUAAGACCAUGGAGUUUGCUCGCUACAUUGAAGAACUGGCAAGAAGUGUUCCUCUUCCACCCCUUAUUCUAAACUGUCGGGCCUUUGUGGAGGAGAUGUUUGAGGCUGUGCGAGUGAACGACCCUGAUGACAUGGGUGAAAGAAUUAAAGACAGACCUGCCUUGGAUGCUCAAGGUGGCAUCUACGUCAUCCACCCAGAGAUGGGGCGGAGUAGUUCACCAGGAGGAGAUUCAGAUGAUGGGUCUCUCAAUGAACAAGGCCAAGAGAUAGCAGUUCAGGUUUCUGUCCACCUUCAGUCAGAGACCAAAAGUAUUGAUACAGAUUCUCAAGAUAGCAGUCACUUCAGCCCACUUGAUGAUACAGGAUCUGCGGGAUCCAGCUCUAACUGCAAAGAUGGAGUUUGUGAAAACUGCCAGCUCUGAGCUGUCCUGGCCCCUGCAAAAACAGUUCUCAGGAAAAAGAACAUGUUUUGUGGAGGUGAGAACAUUUUUACCAAAAGAUGACUGGAGAUUUUCCCUUUGAUGUUAAGCACAUUGGAACAUGAGUUGCCAAACUCUGUGAAAAUGCAGCCAUUUCUCCAUUAGUUGCCAGUCCUUUUCCUUAAAGUUAACUACAUGACACAUGUUAAGAUGUAAAGGAGCCUAAGAGAUAAACAUGAUGAGGAAAAUAUUGUACUAAGAGUUCUGUGGCUUCUCUUCUGGUCACAGUUCUUCCAAUGAUCAAAUGUGAUGCUUAUUUGGAAGCCUUAGUUUUCCCAUCAGUAAAAUAAGAGAUUUGCCUUUGAUGAAAUCUAAAGUUUCUAAUCCUAUAACUUCCUAUCUGGUACCCUUACACCAUGAAAAUCUGUAGCAUAUCUCUAGCUAAACCUUGCCCUAGACACAUAGUCUCUUCUUUUUGGAAAAGACCAACUGAGACUUUAUCCUGUGGUCUGGAUUCCUAUACCAGUGCUAUAGUCCCUAGAAGUAUGAAUUCUUUUCAGAUGUCCCUUCAUGUGGAUUGUACAGUUGUAUGUGCUAGAUUGAACCUUCUCAGUGUAGCACACAAUUACUGUGUUGUUACACAGAUGUCAGGGCACUGACUUCUCAUUAGUAAACUGCUUUCCAAGAGUAAAUUGAUCCUUCUUGGAAGACUCAGUUCACAGAAGCUAGUAGUCGUUUCCCAACUGACCUCCAAAAGUAAACAGUCUGUUCCUAAGGAGUAGUAUCUUCAAGGCUUCUAGAAUAAGAGCAACGUCAAAUUGUCUGUCUCUGGUAAAUGAUGGAUGUUGCUAUUUCUGUUAAGAAUUUCUCAGGCUCCCUCUUUUUAAAAGUAUUAGACUCUACAAGUGGAAUAUGUGUCUCAGAUCUCAUUCUAGGAUAAAACUAAGAACUGUGUAUUCCACUUUAGACAUUGGUCAAUAUCCUUUCACUCUGAUCUUAAAUAUGGUGCUAAAGGUUGCAUGUCUCUUUAUCUUGCUUGUUUUGGUAUUUUAUUUGUUAUGUUUUUAUUUGUGGGUACUUCAGAUGUGUAGUUUUGAGUUAGGGCUGCUUUUGUGUCCUGAGAAAUAACUAUGUGAAAUAAGAUUAGAUGAUUGUGUUUGGUAUGUUACUGCGUUAAAAUAUACACAGAGACACUCUACACCUAAAAUGGGAGGAAAAUGAUGGAUGAUGCCACCUGGUUUGACUGUGUAUAAUAAACACUUAGGAUGCCAUUUCUUGCCUGGCUAAGAUCUGAUAUAAUGGUAUUGUAAAUACUCUUCAGAAUAAUUUCUUCAGCUACAGGAAGCUUGGUGCCAUAUAAUUUUAAGAACUUGGCAGUGGAACUGCAUUUGAUGCUUCACGUUGCUUCAUUUGGCUUCUGGUUAUUGAGGCAUUACUUGAACUAGAGGAUCCUGAGGGAAAUGUUCAGAGAAGGUUUUAUCAGGAUUUUAAUUUAAGGUUUCAAACAGAAAAAGAUAGGAAAUUCAAAGUGACUAGUAGAACCCAUGUCUCCCUCUGUCCAGGCUUAUCAGAAGUAAUACGUCUGUUCUAGACAGUAUGAAUGAAUCAAUAUGCAGCUUUUUCAGAUGGCUUCAUGGAUAAAGAUGAUAAUGCUGCCUUUUCUGUCUCUCAGGCUGUUUCUAUGGAAACCUCCAGGGCCAAACAAAAGCUACCAAUCAUUUAGCCAAAGCUUGCCUUGGCUUAUAGACAUGUAUUUCUUCAAGGAAAAUUGUUUUCAUACAUUUGGCUAUGAGAGCAAGGGCUCUUGAACAUAUCCUAGGUUAUAGAAUAUUUUCUUUUGCAGCAGUGUUUCAAUGGAAAAAUUUAAAAAUUUCAAAUCCCUUGUGAGGGAUUGGUCUCCUGAAUAUCUUUCAGGUCCUCAGAUAGAACUCCAGUCCUGUCCUCACAGAGUAGGCUUAGAAUCAUUUCUUGGAAUGUAAUGUGCUAUAUUAAAGAUCAUCGUUUUACCCAACAUGUUCUCAAAAGGGAUGUUAGUGUUUAGAAAUCUUAGGUAGACUUAAAGAUCAAAGUCCUAAGAAACAGAACUUUGGAAAAACGUAGAAGUACUGAAAAAAAAAAAAUUAUAAGCACAUAUAAUAUGAUUAAAAUAGAGGCUGGCAGUGUAUCCUAGAUAAAUUAUUUUAGAAACCUAAUGGUGACCUAAUUGGUAGCCAGAGUAACUGGUUUAAUUUGAAUCUUCCUGGUUAUGGUGCUAUAAAGUAGGACAAAAUUUAAUAGUUGUUGGCAGGUGAGAUGACCUGUGCCUAUAAGCACUCAUAUAAUUCCAGUACUUGGGAGGCUGAGACAGGAAGAUGAGUUCAAGGCCAGCCGGGGCUGUCUAGUAAGUGAGACCCUGUGUCAAAAAAUAAACAAAAAAUUAAUAGUUGGCACCACUUUGUAAAGAUAGUUUUCAAGAUGCAUAAAACCACACAUUAGUGUUUUUAUAUCUAAUAAAAUCUCUAUAAUUAGUGGUCUCAUCUUUUUAUAUAAAUUGCUUAACCUUUGGUACUUCAGCUACAGUCUGAAAGUCUUGACAAUAAGUGGUAUAAUUAUCUUUUUGUCUCUCCAGAUUCUAGUUGGUAAAAAAAAAAAGCCUUCAUCUAACAAAAUGUACUUAAAAUCCUAUUGUCAUUUCAUUUGUAAAUUUUGUACUGUCAUUUAAUGAACCUUAUUGUCCUUUUGAAAUGUAGUGAAAUAAAUUUCCAAAAAUUGA